GAACUCACAAUCAAAUCUCCGUUAAUGCAGGAUAAGAUCAUAGACGCGGAUGUGAAACUGGAGGAAACUGGCAUGGAACUGGAGUCCUUGGAGCUGGAUAAUAAAGAAAUGGAAGAAAAAUUGGCAGAAUUGCGCAAUGAGAUACAGAAAUGCAAUACACCUAGCCUACAUUCCAUUCAUUCCGAAGAUCUGAUAUGUCUGAAAAAAAUUCGUCAAUUCGCUGAAGAAGAAUUGAAAUUGAAAAACUAUAUCAGAGAGCUGGAAAGUAAAGAAUUCAUGUACAGGCGACAAAUGAGUAAGUUGCUGUCCUGCAAGAAAUUUCAGCGUGAUAGUGAAAAAAUGCAGGAAUCAAAGGAAACUGGUAAAAAGUUAUUCGAUUUAUUAAAAGAUUACACACGUAAUAAAUAUGUGACGAAGAAAAAAUUUAAAUUUGAAGAUAGGAAACGAAAGACUUGCUGCUUAUGUGCAACGUCGGUAACGUUAAAUGCUUACGAAAAGGCAUCGAAAAGACCAUUCGAAGUCUACGAAAAAUUAUGUCCACCGCUUUCAUGCUGUGUUCCAUUGGACCGUCGCGCAUCACGUACAACCGCGAGUAAAUCGCAUGAUUGUAUUUGUUGCAAAUCUUGCCGACGAGUUUCUUCAGCUGUAUUCAAAUCUAAAUCUCCAUGUUCGACAAAACCUCCUUGCGAGUCUUUAUUUAACGUCGCUUUGAAAACAGAUGUACCGCAAUCAUCCAAACAAUUAACGCAAUCUUCGGUACCAUGUGAUAUAUAUUCCAGUAAAACAUGCAAUGAGUGUAUGACUCCUUCCGCAUGCAAGCAAAUUAAUAUUUGCAGAUACGAUUGCGAAGAAAAACACAAACGUGAAUUAUGUAAUUGCAAUGUUAGAUCUUUGGACAAGGCCUAUCAAUCAAUAUCUUCGGAAAUGAUGCAUUCGGAAUCAGAAAUAGACAGCAACAGCGAUGAAGAGUUCUGCGAGUGCUGCUCCUGUGGUUGCGAAGAUGACUUAUUACAGCAAUAUAAUUAAUGUCCGAAUAUUUACGAAAUCAAUCAAAUUAACCAGCUUUAAUG